GGAUUUACGAACGUUACGGAUUACAUCCCCUGGAUCAGGAACAUAACUAGCAUUCGACUGAAAGAAAAAGCCUCAUCCUCCUGUGGACAACGUAAGCUGAUGAAAAUGCGCUUCCAAGGAUCAAGGGACGAAACGGAAACCGAAAUGAUAUACCACUGGCCGUGGUAUGGACUACUUCAUACCAACUAUGGCAUGGGAAGAUAUUCCAUUUGUGAGAUUACAAUAGUAUCGAAAAAAUCUGUGGUCACUUCCAGUGGAUGCGUAUCAGAUACACCAGGGAAUAUGAUUGUAAAAGUUGGUCAAAAGCAGGACCGUUUGGGAUAUAUGGAGUAUGGCCAAGUGCUCAAUGUCAGUAAGGUGAUCAAACGCGACGAUUUUUUUGCAAUAUUACACCUUAGCUCUGAGUUAGUGUUUGCCGAUUACGUUCAGCCAAUUUGUCUUUGGGAGGGCGACACAUCACAAGAGCACAUUGAUGGACAAAUUGGAUACAUGCCAAGUGAUUAUAUAACUUUAGGUUCUCAUCAUUUCGGGGAAGACGUUGAAAAGAAGGCACGCGAUGCAGUUACUUUCGAAAUAACUUCAAGCGCAGUUUGUGAAAAAAGCCAUCCAGAUACCGAAAGCUUUUCAGGAGAUAAACUGUUUUGUGCACGCAUGCUCAGUGAAAAAAUAAUUCUUGUCCAUCAAGGUUCGGGUCUUUACAUACAUCAUAAUAAUCGAUGGGUGCUACGAGGAAUGUCACUGUCCAGGCUCACACCAGAUAAAAAUUCUGUAGCAAUUUUCGUAGAUGUAAGGAAAUAUUUAACAUCCGAUACGGAGCUGUAAGCAGAUGCAACC